AUGUUGCAAAUCCCAGGCUAUUAUUACGAUGAGGAAAGGAAGAAGUACUUCAAGGUUGAAAAGUCAUCCACGGCGCCUUCUGCUUCCACUUGGUCCUCGGAUGCCGUGAAGAGGCGCAAGGUUGAGCAUCAGGCCAGCGAGGUGGUACGGGAGCGUGACUGGGAGGUCAGGCAUCAUAUCAAGCGCCACAGGCUCUGGGACCACGCUGUCGCAUCGGGGACUCUCAAGCGAGAGAUACGUGAUGAUCUGAGCUGGGAGGGGGAAGGCAACCUGAAGGCCGCGGCUUGGGUUGAUGGCCUGGAAGCAAAGGGGGAGGUGCGGUUCCGACCACAACACAGAAGCAGCGGACAUCUGCCUUGCCUGUGGGUUGGUGGCCAGGAACAAGGACUGGAGACCGCCGUGGCUUAUACGACGGUGGACGAAGGAAUCCCGAUUGGGAGCUACUUGCCAGUAGAUGACGACGGGAAACUCUCGUUUCGAGAAGACGUCCCUCUGGACUCGCCGAGGCGACCGGUCAGAUACAGAGAGUCGACUGAUUGCCGCGAAAUGAGCUCCAUCACGUACCAUGAGGCUUCUCACCGGAUGAUCUUAACCUCCAGAGCGCCAGGUAAUCGCGCCGGCUUGGCUCUCUUCUCGCCGCCUCGAAGUCGUGGAACAGAAGGGACUUGGGCUUUAGGAGAAGCCACAAACCACCAGCGCCGCUCCUUCUCUUACCUCUGGAACGAAGAGCGCGUCGGCCUCAACGCCUGCACACCCGCACCCCCCUCCCUCCCCCAUCUCGUCUGCGCCAUCGGCACCGACUCGGGCCUCGUCAGUCUGUCAUCAGACGGGUCCGUCUCCCUCCUCACAUCCCACAACCCCUACAAUUUCAGCGAGCACCAUAGCCACACCCCCUACCACCAGUACACAAGAGACCCCCGCUCCGUCUUCGACCUCGACUUCCACCCCACCAACCCGAACAUCCUCUUCUCGGGAGGUCGCCAGCCCCGCGCCUGGAUCAAGGACACGCGCACCCCGACCUCGGAGCCGUGCCGCCACCACAUCGCCCUCCCUUCCUCCGUCGCCCACCUGCGCGCCAUCUCGGAGAACCAGCUCCUCGUCUGCGGUCUCCACAGCGCAAUGGCCAUCUACGACGUCCGCUUCUUCCCCACGUCGUCGUCGCAGGGUGAUGACGGCGCCCCGAGGAGGAGACGGCGCCCAGGCCCCUUGCUCACGUUCCCCGGGUACGUCAACGGCGCGCACCUGGACGUCGGGUUCGACGUCUCGCGGGAGCUGGGCAUCGCCGCGGCGGCGCAGGACGACGGGACGGUGGGGUUGUUCUCCCUCGCCACGGGAAGGCGGCUGCCCUGCCCGGCCAUGGAGGCCCGUGGGAAGAUGAGCAUGCCGAUCAAGUCGCUCAUGUUCCAGACGGUGCCGGGGGAGAACUCGCAGAGCCUGUUUGUGGGUGAGGGGUUGUGGCUGAGGAAGUACUCGUUCGGCACGCGGGAGUUUGAUGUUUGA